UCCAAUUGUGUGAUUUGCACUUACUUACUUUGGUAUGACACAAACCGUCUCCUUUAAAUCAGUGAUUCAGACUUCUUCCCCACGUAACACCCCAUUACCACGUAACACCCCGCCAACUCCCCCCCAAAUUGUUGGUGAAGCGAGGAAGCGUACCUCGCCAAGCAUUACACUAAACUAUCCGCGUACGUUCGUACGUAUCGACGAAACAAAAUUUAUCGAACGACAUUAAAUACACACAUCAUUCGAUACCACCCAGCGGAAUAUAUACCUGUCAUUAAAUCCGCCUCUAAUUCUAUCCGCUUCCUUCCUCAUGAACUUUCUGUUCGCUCGCGCCCCGUCAAUACGAAUCGCCCCCACUGCAACUGCGCGCAGAUCUAUCUCCCAUUCUGUAUCGGUUUCAAAGGCACUACCAUUUUAUCUUAACACUCUGCGCUCAGCAGAACAAAAUGACGGCAAGGUCUUGCGUAUGCUCAUGUUCGGAAAACCCGGCGCUGGCAAGGGAACACUCUCAGCCCGCCUCGUGAAAAAGUAUGACAUACUGUCCCUAUCCACUGGUGACCUUUUGCGGCAGCACAUCGCGGAGAGAACUGAAGUUGGCAGACAGGCAGAAGAAAUUGUUGCACAGGGAAGCUUACUUCCUGAUGAUGUCAUGCUAAAAGUGGUCGCGAGCAAACUCGAGUUGCUCAACAACAGGCAUUGGAUUUUGGACGGCUUUCCACGAACGCUAGGUCAAGGCAAACUGCUUGAUGCCCAUCUUCAGAACCAGAAUGCCCCAUUAAGUCUUGUAGUCAACUUGGAUGUCGCAGACAAUGUCAUCCUCAGUCGGAUAUCUGACCGCUGGGUUCAUCUGCCAUCUGGCCGUGUGUACAAUAUGUCAUACAACCGACCCAAAGUGGAUGGCUUCGAUGACGAAACAGGCGAACCAUUGACGAGGCGACCUGAUGAUAACCCUGAGAUAUUUUCUCGCCGUCUCAAGCAAUUUUACGAUUCCACGUCGCCCCUGCUCGCAUAUUACGCGUCGCCGGUCAACAAAUUGGCACGACUUAUUACUCUGCAAGGCGAAACGUCGGACGAGAUUUGGCCUCAGCUAGACGCCGUCGUGCGAAGGUCGUUCCCCGGCGUUCGGGAACGCGUUUCAAGCAUUUCCCAGCGGCGGUAUAGUCUCAGUGACCCAUUUGCAAUGGAACAAGAGAAGCGGGCCAUCAAGCGAGGUGCGGCUAGUGAUGGGCCUAAUCCAUCCAAAUUUUUAAAUUAGCCGUGUUUCGUAGUUGACGUUGAGUAUUUUGUUAUUCGCCCUUUCGCCAUUUCUCCAGUUGUAACUUGUGCACCGGGUUGAUGUUGCAUUUUUCUUAUUCUACCUACGUCUCAACUACGUCUUUCGAAUAUUUUGACAUCUCACCAUGUUUUUUAUCAAUUGUAUUUCUACCCUUGCAAUCAUACCGAUAGGAAGUCUGGUAUGCAGCAUUGGGAUCAAAUUGGUUACCGGACAAUUGUUUGUAGAACUUCAACACAUAUACUAAGGAGGUAGUCGCGGAAGGUGUCUACCAUCAUGGUGCCAGGUCAUCGUUCCUCCUGUUGUGCGUUGCCACAAAGUCAUCCGCUUGGUCCCAGCUAUAGAAGUCCAUCUCCCUGUUCAAAUUUUCAUGUCCUCCACAAUACUUGAGCUC